CCCUCCCCUCGGGCCAAGGCCACUGACAUGUCCCCCCGCCUCCCCUCUCCCAGCGCUGAUGCAGCAGGAGGCGGCGCAGCGCGAGAGCGAGGAGCUGCAGCGCGUGCAGUGGCGGCCGCGGCGCGUGCGCGGCUGGGGCGUCCCGCAGCUGCUGUGGUUCCUGGUGUUCCUGCAGCCGGUGAUCACCGAGCUGCACCUGCGGCGCAGGAACGUGCGCUUCCUGUUCAUCCGCUUCAGCGCCUGGCAGUACGCGGGCACCGACAAGCUGUGGGCGGGGCUGGUGACCACGCUGUGCGAGGGCAUCCGCCGCCACUACGGCGCGCUGCCCUUCAGCGUGUACUCGGUGCUGGGCAACAAGCCCGGGGGCCCGCGCGAGGGCCCCUGCCACCGCGAGUGGCACUGCCGCCGCCGCGUGUGCCUGGCGCUGCUGGCGCUGCUGGCCGCGCUCUGCCUGGGCGUGGGGCUGCUCUACCUGUCGCUGGGGGGCCACGCGCCGGGCCACGCGGGCCGCGGCAUGCUCAAGGCGCUGGGCGGCGCGGCCACCACGCUGUCGGGCUCCGGGCUGCUCAUGGCCGUGUACUCCGUGGGCAAGCACCUGUUCGUGAGCCAGCGCAAGAAGAUCGAGCGCCUGGUGUCGCGGGAGAAGUUCGGCAGCCAGCUGGGCUUCAUGUGCGAGGUGAAGAAGGAGGUGGAGCUGCUCACCGACUUCCUGUGCUUCCUGGAGAUCUACCAGCGCCGCCGGCUGCGCGUGGUCCUCGAGGUCACCGGGCUGGACACGUGCUACCCGGAGCGCGUGGUGGGCGUGCUGAACGCCAUCAACACCCUGCUGUCCGACAGCCACGCGCCCUUCAUCUUCAUCCUGGUGGUGGACCCCAGCAUCCUGGCCGCGUGCCUGGAGAGCGCGGGCAACAUGAAGGGCACCGCGGACAACGGCUACCUGUUCCUCAACCGCACCGUCACGCUGCCCUUCUCCGUGCCGGUCAUGGGCCGCCGCACCAAGCUGCGGUUCCUCCACGACGCGGUGCGCAGCCGGGACGACCUGCUCUUCCGGGAGCUCUCGGUCCAGCUUCCGCCGACGCCGCAGGGCCCCGGGGGCUCGGGCGAGGGCGCGCAGCUGCUGGCGGUGGAGACGAGCGCGGAGGCCGGGCGCGCGCAGGCGCGCGUGGACGCGGAGGCGGCGCGGCGCAUCCAGGAGGCGCUGGGCUGCCUGCACGACGAGCACGACUGCCUGUACGAGUACGUGCCCGACAACGUGGUGUCCAUGCGGCGCAUCGUCAACACGGUGCCAAUCACCGUGCGCCUGCUGCAGCAGCAGCAGCAGCAGCAGCCCGGCCGCGUGGGGCCCACGCCGCGCCACGCCGUGGCCUGGGUCGUGCUCGCCAACCAGUGGCCCUGCCGCCUCAGCUGGGUGCUGCAGUGCCUAGAGGACCGGCAGCAGGCGGGGGGCUCGCCCGAGGGCCGCGCGCGCCUCUGGGACGUCUUCUGCGACAACAGUCGCGAGCUGCACACCAUGACCAAGGCCCUGCAGAACGUGCUGGACCUGGACGGCGACCCCGAGCUUUUCGAGCGCUUCCUGGGCACUGAUUUCCCCUUCACCGUGGCCGAGGCGCAGAGUCUGCUGCGCUGCACGGUCAACCUGGACCAUUCCAUCCGCCGCCGCAUGGGCCUCAUCCGGGCCGUCAGUGCGCUCAAGCCGCCCAGCCCGCCCAAGUCCCCGUCCCGGGAGGAGCCCCAGGCCAGCCCCGGAGCCAGUAACGCGGCCGGGAUGUCCCAGGGGGGCCAUGGGCCGGGACACAGUAGGGGCGCAGCACACCCGGGCACGGACCUGCGGGGAAAGCCAAGGCCGCUGGCCUAGGUCCUUUCAUUUCAGGGCUGUAGAGGCUGGGUGUGGGAUGGAGAGCCCCAGCUGACAGCAGCUUCCCGCCUAACCUGAUGAAGCUGGAAGGGCACAUACCCUGAGGACUCUGGAAGCCACAGGGUGGGAGGGGGUAGCCUCCUGGAGUGGGCAGCUGCCACAGCAGUGCCCGAGUGGACGGAGGGCGCAGUGAGGAACACGCAGUCAAAGGAGCCAUAAAGGCAGCCGAGGAAAGCCGGGCCGGCUUCCAUGUCCUGGAUUGCUGGCUAGGUGGACACCCAACCCUGUAGCAGUGGCGAAGGGUUUCUCAAGCCACGUUAAGAGACACCACCAGGACGAAGAGGAGCCCAGAGGGGACUCUGCUGGGCCCUGAGGUGUUUGGAGACUAUCAGGACCCCCACCAGCCAGAAGACAGGAAACCCAGGAAUCCUCAGCCUUCCCCAGAAGAGGCUGGAAGCAGCGUAGCCUGGUGAGGCUCCCUCAACCCCCUCCCCCAUGGCCCUGAAGAAAGGAUGCAUCUUGGAGCUCAGGCACAGACAGUACUGGUGUCUCCUGUGUACUGAAGGGAUGGGAUGCAGCAGAUGGCACCUUGGUUGGCACUGGCUGCUGUGUAUGGCUUCCUCAAGCCCCACUCCCAAACAAGUAUCCAAUGUUGCCUAAGGUAAAGAGCUCAGUGAAUUAAAAAAAAAGCCUGAAAACCGAAGUUCACACCCCAGCUCCCAUGUAAAAGCCAGUUUAACACCUGUAAUCCUGGAAGACACUGGAACACAGACAGGAGACUCUCCAAACAAGUUCAUGGGCCAGCUAGCCUGGUCUAAGAGUUCCUGACUCAAGCCAGGUGGUAAAGAGCAAAUACCCGAGGUUCUCCCCUGAUCUCCAUGAGUGUGCCAUGGCGGGUAUGCACCACAUUUACACACUAAUUUGUACACCCAUAUCUAUGCACCUAAAAAUUGUUAACAUUUUGACAAAACAGAUGCUUCUCAUAGAUACAAUGGUGGGGUGCAGAAGACUCCCAGGUUUAUAACACCGACGGGCAAGGACACCACGAGGCAUUCCUAUAAAUGCU